CUCUUCCGUUGUAAUGCUAACCGGUGCAUUUGAGACUUGACAUGCUGCAUAUGUGGAGGCCAGCCUGAAUGAUUUCGGAUUCUGUAGUGUUUCUGCUGCGAACGUUCAGAGGGAUUAUCUCUCCCUUUAGGCGCAAAACAUCGGACUCUCAACUGACACAAGAUCCCAGCCAGAAUACUCAGGGAAAUACUGCUGACAUGGCCUCCAACUUUACCCCUCCCUCCCCAAAACCGGAACUUUUGGUUCUUGAUGUAGACUGGACACUAUGGCCCUUCCACACUGACAUGGAUGUUUCACCACCCUUCAAGAAAGACAGUGGUGAAGUGAGGGACAGUAGAGGGAAGGCCAUCCAGCCGUUUCCUGAUGUACCCAGGAUACUGGACUGGCUGAAGGGGAAUGGAUACACUCUGGCCUUAGCAUCAAGAACCUGGGCUCCCAGCGACAUGGAGAGACUGCUUAUUCUGCUGGACUGGAACAAAUAUUUCUCCUACAAGGAGAUUUACAAGGGAACCAAAACCAAGCAUUUCUCCAAGUUUAAACAAAACAGCGGUGUACCUUACAACAAAAUGCUGUUCUUUGAUGAUGAGGACAUUAAUAUUCAUGAGAUCGGCAACAUCGGAGUUAUGUGCAUCUUUGUCACCAAUGGUCUGAACUGGAACCUACUGAAGAAGGGUCUGGAGAAGUACGCCAAAGAGAGGUCUUGACCUUCAGGAGAGGUCAAAAGAUAACUCUGCAACAAAUAGUUGUCACUGUGCUAAAUUAUGAAUAAAAGUUAUGCACAAAUAAUGUGAUAUGUUUUGUAGAAUUUUACACAUUUACACAUGAUGUUUUAAUGGAAUAUGAAAUUGAUAUUGGAAUAGUUAUCAUUUCUGUUUCUUUUACAUAGUAACAUAGUCAUCAUUCACAAUUGAGGUGAAGCAUGAUGCUGGGAAACUAGUGAUGAUAAACUCAGCUC